UGCUUAUCCAUUUACAGACAUAACCGUUUAAAGAACAGACCCGAAGAAACAGCGGCGGAAGAGGGGGAAGGAAUCUACCCAUCACGGGAUAGAUAGGGAAAGCGACGCUUGAAAUUGCUUGAAUUAUAGGAAAUAAAAAAUGGUGGACCCUGACACAACUUGGUUUCAUCCCCAUUUUGCUCUGUUUUAGAGCAUUAUUUGUCAUCCUUACGCAUUUGGGUUUGUGGUCAAGUGAUAGGUGGACUGGUCCCAGCUCUAAUAUAUCGACAAAUGACUGAUAACCAACGUUGGAUUAACUCCCAACUAACUUUUUGCUUAAAACUCUGUUCUAUGAAUACAAGAAAUGUAAGUUUAAAGACCAUGACAACCUGUUCCAGCUAAAAGACAGAGUAGCUUAAUUAAGUUUCUUGUUUGUGUUAGUUAAUUGCUAUGUGUAGCAAAGACUUGCAUUGGUUAGGCACAACCAGACCUGGUUGUUUAAGACGAAGGCGUGAGUUAAGACUUUUAGUGCUGGAAUUAAUAUUAAAACAACGGGUGAGUUUUGUCUGUGCCAAUGCGAGAAUAGGGAUGGUUGAAUUAAGGUAUGGAUCCACUGGCUAAAUUACCGAAUGGAGAAUAGAGGGGUCUUGUCAAAUGUCAAGUUGUUAACCCUCCUCCUGUACAAACUGUUCUUCAGCUGGAAAUGGAAUCAUGCUGCAUGGAUACAUAAACAAAUCGAGAAAAU